GGCAUCGGGAUCAUCUGCCCGACGAUCUCGAUCUACGGGUGCCAUCACGUGCAGGUGGUGAAGGGGACGCUGUUCGGACGGAUCGACGUGUUUCGGAGCGUGGUGUCGCGCAUCGACAGCAUGAAGGUGACCGGCGUGUCGGACUUCGACGUCACGAACGGCGCGAUCCGCGUCGCGUUCUGCGGGUAUGGGCCGACGCUGGAGCCGUCGUACAUCGCCAUCACCAACAACGAGGUCUAUGGUGUGCAUACGCCUAUCGUUCUCUACCGUGGCGCGGUGGGUGUAACCGUGCGAAACAACUACAUCCACGACUUCCUUUUCGCGGGGAUUCGCUGCGGCGCUGACGUCAGCUUCCAGGGGGACUGCAUGCUGACGACGAUCUCCAACAACCUUGUUGUCGCGACGGCGCGUAACAUGAGCGGCGAUCAGGACGCGGCGGGGAUUUAUUAUUGUGUACACUGGUUUAACCCAGGAAAUGUAGCGGAGUGUAACUAUAUCUACAACGGCGACCACUGCUAUUAUUUUGAUUAUGUUUCGUCUGGAAUCACGGUGCGCGGAGGGGCGUGCAUCGCACUUACGAUGGCAUCAAAGUCAAUAAUGGAAAAUGGAACUUUGUAGAGGAUGUGAUAAUGAAGAAUGUGCCGGAAUGACGGGGUGGUUUACGUGUUUAACCCCCACGCUCAACAACUGCGCCAUUCGCCCGGGCACGUACUGGGAGUCGAUGAGGAGAAAAUACUAUGACACUCCUCUCUGGAACAAUCUCUGGCCAUGGAUGAAGGACAUCUGCCUGGAUAGAACCAUCAGCGGUAACCCGUGCAACACCGCAGACACCCUCUCUGCGGCCCAAACCGGCUCCUGCAGCGGCCUGCCCUCCGACAAUUUCCUGGACCUCGUACUCAUUAAUAACAAGCGCAACACCUGGUAUAAGUACUGUGAGAACCUCACCACUGUAGCCAAGUUCAACUACUACAAAGUAACCAACGUUACGGACGGCAACACGCUCGGAUUCGCGAGCUUUUCGAACGAUGAUCUGGCGGUCGGCGCAAGCUCCCCAUUGGUCGUUGCGAAACCGAAAUUCAAGAGCUGCUCGAGGGGCAGCGUGGCCCGAGGAGAGUGCUGGACGUGUUUUACUACAGCAACUUCAACCAACCGGAGCCCGACACGUACAGCUUGGUGCAGUCAAUGGGCACAAGACACAUCCAGGAUUCGUCGCGGUGGAAUGCCUGAGAGCAGCUGAAGGCGGCUCAAGGUAUUCCCGCUCCCAAGUCCUGACAGACGCGCUUUUGAAUGGGGCGACGGAGGGAAGGGGGUGUGCAGGCAAUGGGCAUGAGAACACAUCGGAGACUCGCCACAGUGGAAUGCUUGGUCAAUGGGCAAGCGGGGAGGGAGGAGAAUGGGGUGGAGAAUGGGCAAUGGGGAGGAGAGGAGGCGUGGUAAUGGCAAUGGGCAAUGAAGCACAUCCCGGACUCGUCGCAGAGCAAAAUAAAUGCACAAUUGGGGGGGGGGGGUUGAUGGGGGGGGAGGUGUUGAGGAGUGUCAGCAGGUGAUCGGCACAGGGCAGGACUGGUUGGCACAGCUUACAUACCCUGCCGGCACUAUGAAUUGUUUUACGCUCACAGCUGCUGCAGCAUGGAGAGCCAGGCCUCCCAGAAGACAGUAUGGGCUGAUUGCAUUUAUUAUAUUAUUUCACUAAUGGUGCAUUUCGCCAAUUGUUAUUUUAUAAAUGUCCCUCUCUCCAUGGCAGCAAUAACCCUUCUACACCCUAAUGCCUUUGAUUUGCUAGCUGUU